CGUCUAGACUCACUCUCUACUAUGUAGACUACCACCACAGGACAACGACAAUGGUGAUGCCAAAUAACAGUUUCUGAACAAUUUCUCUCUAUCGGAAAAAAUCCCAGAGCACGAAAUUUGACAUUGUAUCGUUGAACACUCGAAUUAUCUGGGUUCACUCUAUUAGUCUCAUCCCGAAAGAAAAGGUCAUACCACCAACCAUGAGCGCCCGAUCACGAUCAUCGUCACCGGAGUUUGAUCCUUUGGCCUUCGACCAGGAUUUCACUCCUCUGCCGGAGUACAAGGCCCCGACCGACACGGCUCUCGACUUUGGUGGUCUCCUGCCCGAGCCUUUGAAGCUACACGAAGAUUUAAAGACGGGAUGCGGAGGCCAGCUUUGGCCGGCCGGAAUGACUCUCGCCAAGCAUAUGCUGCGCUACCAUGGCGAUAAGCUGCAAAAGGCUCGGAUACUCGAGAUUGGCGCUGGCGGUGGCCUUGUCGGACUUGCAGUUGCCAAAGGCUGCAGCUUUGAAACUCCCAUGUACAUCACAGACCAACUGGAGAUGGAAGAGCUCAUGGCAUACAACACCACCUUGAAUGGCCUCAAUGACAAGGUCAAGUCCAUGAUCCUCAACUGGGGCGAGCCACUGCCAGAGGAAAUAGUUGCUCUCAAGCCUGAUACUAUUCUAGCCGCUGAUUGCGUCUACUUCGAACCCGCCUUCCCGCUCCUCCUUCAGACCCUGAAGGAUCUAUUGGCCCUUGAACCCAGCGCCACCGUUUACUUCUGUUUCAAGAAGAGACGCCGGGCCGACAUGCAGUUUCUCAAGGCUGCCAGAAAGACUUUCAAAAUUACCGAGCUUGAGGACCAAGACCGGCCCGUGUUCUCUAGAGAAGGCUUGUUCCUGUACGCGUUUACCCGCAAAUAAGAAAUGAAAAAGAUUUUCAGCACUUCAAAGUUCAGCCAGCAUCGCCAAAGAGGAUCUUCGAGCGGUCGUCUCCGCGCCCAGAAGGAUUCAAAAGAGGCAUUUUGUCAAGAAGCCUCUAAUCAACCGACGAUGGCAAGCGAAGUGGGACGCGGAAUUGACGUUCUCGCCAGAUUCUGGCCAUGAUAGGCAACAUCGCAUAUCCAAGGACACCACCCAUAUUGCAAGGCGAAUGUGCGUUUGGCCGGCCUCUGGAGACGCCCCGCCACGUAACACGAGCCUGUUGAGCCCGCAUCUCGACUGCGACAACAACGUGCCCCACAUCUUAUCACUUAUUCGCAUGCAUGACGAACAACUGUGGAAAUCGAAUAGAGGAUAGGUUGCUAAACCUUCAUCACAUCAUUCUGGUCGUCCAGUCGUUUUGACUCGUCGAGAGUUUGCGGAACCAGGCCCGACGUCCGAGGCCGGCCAAAGGGAAGGGAAAAGGACGCGUCUCCAUUCAGAACCGCAGGUCUGCGCCAUCAUAUUGGUGAGUGGCCAUUACUUUUACACUACGAAAUAGCUUUUGACCUGUUUUAUUUCUUCACUCAAGUCCCACUGUGGCAAUCGGCAAAUGGACCAUUUCUCUGCCGGUAUGCAAUACAUCGACGAUGGCAGACGCGUACAUCCAUGCCCUGGACCUUCUCUCAGUUCGUGGUAUUCCGGACGAGCAGGUACUUCAUCCUGAAUCCUAUAUCUUCGUUUUUACACUUUUCCUCUCAAGUAGCAGUGAAACACCAAAAGGCAUAUUGUCCCACCACACGUCGGUUCUCAGCCGACUCCUCGUAGGGCGCCACGGUAUUUGGCAUUACAAAUGCUUUCGAGGUUCCCCUCAUUCAGCGAUGCGCUGUGGAACAGCGUACGGGACGGAC